GAUUGAUACAAAUCAUAAUGGAUCAUCAUGGUCAUCAUCAUCAUCAUUGAAUCAUCAUGUUUGUAAUAACAAUAAUAAUAGUCUAAUUACCGGUUCUUGUCCAUCGAAUUCUUCACGUUCAUCGUUGAUGCUUGGAUCAUCUUCAUUAACACAACCAGCAACUAGUACUACAAUGGAACCAGAUGAAGAAAAUCCAAUGGCUGAUCUUAUGUCUUUGUAUGGACUACCUUCUGCUACAUCAUCUUCUUCAUUGUCACAAGCGGAUCAACAUCUUCAAUCUAUGUUAUUGAUGGCCGCAAUGCAUCAUCAACAACAACAACAACAAUCUUUAGCAUCGAUUCCUACAAAUGUUGCUUCAUCUUCCGGUUUGGCUAUGACGCCCGCUACAGAACUAGUCAAUCGACAAAUUCAAUCGAAUCGAUUACCAUCAAUAAAUUUGGAAGGAUCUUCAUCAAUCAAUUCAGCAGCUUAUCAACAUCCAAUUCUUAUGAUGCGAAUGAUGAUGGGUAAUCCUUCAUUUUUAGAUCAUCUAACAACACCAUCGGCUAUAUCUACACCGAAUGGAUCAAACCAGUCACAGCAAAAUUCGAUCAUUAUGAAUGGAAUAAAUUCAUCGCAAUUAGAACUGACAACUGAAUGCAAAGAAGCUGCUGAAAAAAAUACAACACUGAUGUCUCCCAAUAUUGAAGAACCAUCAACUACAACGACCACUAUUAAAUCGAAUAAAUCAUCUAUUAAGCCUAAAUGUACAAAACGACGAAACGGAACCGGAAAAUCUCGUCCAUCAAUCAAAUGCUAUUCAAUCAAUCGUCGUUUAGUUGAAUCGACUGUAUCUACUACAUCGAAAGCUUCGAAUAUUGAUCCAGAUUUAUCAUCUGAUGAUCGAUCAACUAAUCCUAUUUAUCGUUGUCAUCUUUGUCCUUAUACUGGAAAUUCCAAACUUCAUUUUAAUGCCCAUAUGAAUACACAUUUUGAUCAUCGUUGUCCACAUUGUGAUUAUACAUCACGUACUGAAGGUCGUUUGAAACGUCAUAUAAGAGAUUUUCAUUCAGAAACACCACCCGAAACCUGGACCGGUUCCGAACAAUUAUUAGAUGAAUCAUUAGAAGGUGCUGAAUUAAUAUUCGAUCCAGAUGGUUGUAUGGAAAUGUCAGCCGGUGGUAAUGGACCUAAUCCAGCUCGUAAUCGAAAAUAUCGUUGCAAACAAUGUGGUUAUGUUGCAAUGGAUAAACAUGAUUUUUGGGAACAUUCAAAAGAUCAUAUCAAAACUGAUCGUAUGUUAGCAUGUCCAAAAUGUAAUUUUGUAACCGAAUACAAACAUCAUUUAGAAUAUCAUUUACGUAAUCAUUUUGGUUCAAAACCAUUUAAAUGUGGUAAAUGUAAUUAUAGUUGUGUUAAUAAAUCGAUGCUUAAUUCACAUAUGAAAUCACAUUCAAAUAUUUAUCAAUAUCGAUGUAAUGAUUGUACAUAUGCAACUAAAUAUUGUCAUAGUCUUAAAUUACAUCUACGAAAAUAUAAACAUCAACCAGCUACUGUAUUGAAUUUAGAUGGUACACCAAAUCCAUAUCCAGUUAUUGAUGUUUAUGGUACUCGAAGAGGACCAAGACCAAAAAAAUCAUCUUUAUCUUAUACAACAACAACAACAACAAAAUCAAUUAGAUCCAAAGUAAUCCGGAAAAAUAUUGAAUCAAAUAAAUGUAAAUUAAUUUCUCAAUCGAAAAAAGAUGAUAAAAUCAAAAACAUUGUUGCUGUAAACAAUGUUCAAUGUUCGUCGGCUGAUUUGAAUAACAAAACAAUCGAAUCACCAAAAAUUAACAAAUCACAUGAUUCAAAUGAUAAUGAUAAUGAUGAUAAUGAACAAGCACAGGUUACCUGUCUUCGAUGUAAUUAUUGUUCAUUUCAAACCGAAUCAAAACCUGAUUUUAGUAAUCAUUUAUUGAAUCAUGUUGUCAAGGAAAAAUUAUCACUUCUUAAUAAUAAACGUAAACAAAUAAAACAACAACAGCAACAGCGAUCCGUAAAUGUUGAUAAUCAAACGCAAUCCAAUGAAAAUAAUGAUGAAAAACGUAUUGUUAAUGAUUUGGUACUUGAUCUAAGCAAACAAGAAGAUUCACAAGAUCAAUCACAAAUGGAUACCGAUCAAAAUGAUCCUUUAUCAUCGUUAUUGCAAAAUUUUCUUCAUCAUCAGCAGACAGAACAAUCAGAACAAAUUGACAUUCGAUCGAAAACAACCCGACAAUUUGUACAUAAAAAACGUAAAGGACAAGCACGAAAAUUACUUGUACAAUCAUCACCAUCUCAUUCACUGAAUACAUUAGGCAUUUUGUCUGAAUCGGAAUCGAUUUCAUUAUCGUCUCCAUCACCAUCCCCAUCUUUAUCUUCGUCUUCUUCAAUAGAUUCUUAUCAUACACAAUCAAAAGAACCUGACGAUGAUGAUGAUGAUGAUGAUGAAGAAUCGAUACGAUCCGAUGAUAUUGUUGUCGAUGAACAUAUGAUUGGUUCAGAUGAUCAUAACAACAUCGAUGAUGAAUCAAAACAAUCUGAAACAUCAUUGAUGAUGAAUGAUUUACCAUUACUUACCAAAACAUCUUCAAUCGAUGAACAAAUUCAAUUUUUAGAUUUAUAUCAUCAUCAUCAACAGCAACAACAACAACAAAAUGGAACAGAUAUUCAGCAUCCACUUCCACCAACGCCAAACAAAUCACCCGAUGAUGAUGAUGAUGAUGAAAAGUCAGCAUUCAAUUUCGAUAUGAAAAUCAAUGACCAAAAAAGUGAAUGCCAAAACAUAGGCUCAUCAUUGUCUGAAUGUGAUAUAAGUCAACUAAAACCUGCAUUAGUCGCUGCUCUUAAUGAUUCAUCUAACAAUAAUUUACUACAGACAUUGUUACAAUUACUUUCUACCUCAACGAACAAUGUUUGUUCCAUCACUCCAUCUUCAUCAUCAACGAUGUCAUCAUUAUCAUCUUCUUCUUCAUCAUCAAAAAUGAAUGAUUCAAAAACUCUGGCAACAAUCAUUUCAAAGGGUGUUGGUUCACCGACAACUUCAUCAUCAUCAUCAUCAACAUCAUCCUCAUCUUCUAAAUUACCAAUUACAUCAUUGCCAAACACUGUCACUGCCACCAGAAUAUCAUCUUCAUUGAAUGGAGAAUCUAGUCAGAGCAUUGAUUGUGUAGCGUCAUGUUCCACUAGCAACUAUGAAGCUGAUACGAUCGCCAAUAAUCUUAAUAGUGCAACAGCAGCAGCGGCAGCAGCCUUAGCAUUGGCAACAACAGUAUCAUCGGCCGCUUCAACAUCAACGCUUAACGAACCACUUACUAAUGUAAACAGUUUGAUUACUAAAAUGCAUUCGGUAACAUUUUUAAUGCAAGAAAUUCUUUUAGAAAUGUGGUCGAUAAAAAAAUGAAAAACAAGAAACAACGUCCAUUUGUAAACAAUAUUCACCCAAGUCACACAAAUCAUCGCAUUUUUUCAUUUUGAAUGUAUACAUGUUCAUCAUCG